ACACUAUAUCAGAGAGGACGUGUAGAAAUUAUAUGUAUUCGUGGGGUUUUAAAUAUGAUAAGAGAAGAAAGGGUAUUUACUUUGAUGGCCAUAAGAGACCAGAUAUGAACCUCGACUCAAUUUAG